AGCCGCCAGGCUGCGCUCCUCAACACAGAGAUACUCCGCCCGUGUAACGCGGCCCUGCCGCGCUACGAGCUACGUACGCUCGUGUAACUCUUCGCACUUGCUGUUUUGUUAUACUACGUGUUAGAUGUGUUCUCCGUGUAUCCGAGUAUUAUUUUGUUGUUUGAUGAAGUAUUGUUUUAUUUGAUUAAUAUAUUAAUUGGUUAAUUAAUAUUCUCCGUGUCGACUCGUUAUUUCGUAAUUAUCAAUUACUCAAGUUCUCGCCGAUAUCAUGGCUGAUAGACAUCGUAGAGAUGAUGAUGACCGUAAGAGCAGACGAGAUGAAGACAGGUAUCACCGGUCUAAAGCCCAGAAACGGUCCAGAUCAGACUCCCGAAGCCGCCACCGACGUCAUCGUUCCAGUGAGGAACGGGAGAUAGAUAUAGAAGCUGAAACGCGACGAAUGAACGAGAUUCAGGCCAACAUUGAACGUCAACGCCAGAGAGACAGACUGGAGUCUGAACGGAGAGGUGGGCCGCAGCAGGCCAACUAUGCUAGUCACCGACCAGUUAUCCGACGGAGCGACGGAAAGCCCCAACCGAGACCGCCUUACAACGCCGAUACCCUACCGAGACCGCCCGAUCACAAUUGUUACAACUGCUCCAACCCGGAUCAUUAUGAUUACGAAUGUCCGAAGUGGGAAGAUGGACCGAGGUGUUUCAGAUGUUCGGAGUGGGGUCAUUUUGGAACGACAUGCAACAAUCCCCGCGUAUUCUACAAACACGAAUUCGCAAAGUACCGAGAUAGUUCCCGAGACAACCGGAUCAGAGAUACAAUUAACGGAGCAGCCCAAUUAAUUAGCGGUGAACGGCAACCGGAGGAUUUUAUGGGUAUACCGAGAUUCGACCGAGACGCGAGAAACGAUAUCGAAGAAAAUCGUCGAAGACAUCAAUCGUCGAGCCGUUACCGGUCACCGAACCGCGACGAACAACAUCGCAGCCGCUCAUCCCCGCCGAGGGAAACCGAUAAGAGUAGCCGGAGCGCAACAGACAGAGAUGCAACCCAAACCGAGAAUCGCCGACAGAGCUCAUCAACGCAUUCGUCAGCCAGCGGUCCAUCACCGCCGCCCGGACGCGGUCGCUCUAUGGCGAGACCGGAGGGAGCGCGACGUCUACGUAAUUUUCCUGCGAUGCUUGUAGACCCGCACAUCGAAGAGGAAUCGCCGUACACGUCUUUCCUACUGAUGGAGCUACCGGACAUCGACGUUAAUUCGCUCAACGGAACCCAGGCUGGAUUGAUUUACAACCACAUCGCCAAGUGGGAACAAAUGUUGGCUUGGUUUAGAACGCGAGUGGAACUGAGAAUUCACGCGAUUAACGUCGAAGCGAGAAAACCGACAGAGAUCGAGCCUGUAUUCGAUAUAGGCGGCGUCGAGUAUUCGUCGUUUUUGGACACCGUCGGACCAGCCAUUAUUGGCCAACCGAUGGUUCAACCGCCGCCUGGUUUUCCGCCAAUACCACCAGUUCCGAAGCCGGCCUACCUGGAACAUACGAAAGAACAGACGAUGCUGCCGUUUACCAACACACCGCAGCCAGGAACUAGCGCUUCGACGUCGAAAACAGAGAAACCGGUUGAAAUGAACCCGAUUGGGUGUAUUAAGGCGCCGGAGAAUAAAACAGAGAAAGGAUCAAGCCCAAAUAAACCGCAAACGAAAGCCGCGAAGAAAGAAGGCACUUCAACAGACGAAAUUUUCAAAAAGUUUCGUGAACAGAAUCCGAACGCCGGUAAAUCGCCUUUGAAUCUUGGAAAGGUGUAUAAUCCACGCAGGGACGCGAGGACACCGAAGAAAACGGAUACGAACAGAGAAGGCCCGGAACAUCGUAAACCAACGAAGCCGACUAAACUCGAUCGUACAAUUGCGGCACCGAAACCUCCAACCCCGCCACCGAUGCCAGAGAAACCGCUGUGGGAAGUUAAGUCGACGAAAACGGUUGCCGAAGCCGAAAUGGAUACGACGGCCCAAUCCGAGGCGAAAACCGACGACGAGUGGAACAAGCCAGGCCCGAGUUCAGCACAGAGUAAUGCAACAGAGAAGCCGCAUUUAAAUUCGUUAGGCCAAGAUAUGAAUGCGCCGCGGCCACGCACGCCCGAAAUCAUCCGGCAAAACCUACUAAUUCGGCCAGACAUUCCGUGCGAAGAAGAAUGGGAAAUUGGCGACGGAGAAGUGAUUGAUCGACGGAGAGCGAAUUAUCGUUCCGUUAAUUUCAUGUACGUGAAGCAGAUCAUGGAAUUGAACUUCACGAAGGUCAACGAGAGGCUCACCGAGAUCGAAACGCGACUUCACCGAGAGCAGGUUCCUGAUGAAGCAGACGAGGGAAGGCCGAUGCCGGAUGCCGAGAGAGCCCUGUUAACCAGGCAACAGGAGGAGUUAAACGACGCAGCGAUGGCGAUCACGCGCGUAUUGGAAGAUCCUGGUUCAAUUGAAGACGCGAUUGAAGGUCUGCAUCAAUUAAUCGAGAUGUCGCGUAUUUACCACUUUGCGCUGGAUGAACACCCGCAACGCGUAUUAAUGAUGCUGCGAACAGAGAACCUGACUAUUGAUGAACGUAGACGUCAGAGAAAUCGCGAACGGAGACACCGCAAUCGAGCGCAUCGCCGAAACGCCGAUAACGUAGACGACGGUAUUGACGUCGAUUAUUUUUCCGAUUCUGAAGAUCGUGGUCCAGGCGAUGCUGCGCCGAAUUUUCAAUUACUAGGCGAACGUUUACUUGAUGAAGCCUAUCAACGGAGAAAUCAACACGAUAACGACGAUCAACCAAUGGGAUAGACAGAGAGAAAAACAGAGAAAAAUUUUUAUUUGUAAUUUGUCGUUGAAUUGUUCCGAAUAUUCAUGUGUUGAAUCUGUGUUCCUGUUUAUUUGAAUUUUGUGAUUUAUUUGUUCCUGUUAAUUAUAAGCUGUAAAUAUGUUUUUGCGAAAGAUGAGUCGCGCAGGGAGGGAGUGUUAGCCGCCAGGCUGCGCUCCUCAACACAGAGAUACUCCGCCCGUGUAACGCGGCCCUGCCGCGCUACGAGCUACGUACGCUCGUGUAACUCUUCGCACUUGCUGUUUUGUUAUACUACGUGUUAGAUGUGUUCUCCGUGUAUCCGAGUAUUAUUUUGUUGUUUGAUGAAGUAUUGUUUUAUUUGAUUAAUAUAUUAAUUGGUUAAUUAAUAUUCUCCGUGUCGACUCGUUAUUUCGUAAUUAUCAAUUACUCAAGUUCUCGCCGAUAUCAGGCGGUUAGUAAACCUCCAGGUCACGAUGAAGAAGAAUGGAGGGAGAUGUGCACGGAAGAAAAGUGGCAAAAAAUAACGUCUAGCAAUUCAAAGCAUCCGUGGGUGAAUGCGUUCAUCCAGUCUACCGAAAAAACAGAGCAUCAGGAUGUUUACCCUAUUGUGGAUACGUUAUACGAGAUCUGUGCUGAUAUCACGGAUGCCUUGUUCGGCUUCGGCGGAAAAUCUGUUAAUCUUGAACCGUUGAAGGAGGAAAAAAUCAGAAAAGUACUUCAGUGUUUGGAUGAAUUGGAUAUAGAAAUGACAUGUACGUCAACUCUAUUGGAAAUGCUUGCUGAAUGUGACUCAUGACUCAUCCUCAGCUCCAGAAACUGAGACAGAUUCUUCAGAAAAUGGCGUACGUUUCGAGACAGUAAAUUUGUUAACGAAAAUCCCCACCUGUAGAAACCCCGAGGAUUCGGGUACUUCUUGAUAUUACAUACCUACUUACGAAUCGAUGGCGUAAUAAUUAUUGCAAAUUUUCGCUCGUCUCUCGGUCUCUGUACUAAUAAGACACUGCGUAGAUGUUUUUAUGCGAUAUCUUUGAUUAUUUAUAAACCUAAAUACUUAAAUUUUAUAAGGAAUUUCGUUUUUUAUAUUAUAGGUACUUAUUUUUUUAAAUUUACAAUUCGUAUUUACAAAAUGAAUAAAAAAAUCUGUCACGUGAAAAAUAUUAUUUACAAGCAACGAUUCGAAGUUAAUUCAAAAAAUAAAAGUGUACCUACUUAAGAUGAGCGUUGCAACAUAAUAUAAAAUAAUAAAUCAAGAUAUACAUCAAAAUUUUGGUAGGUACUUCGAACAAGACUAACAAGAGAAGAGAAGAAAAAUGAGACAAAAAAAUUCUGAUUAGGAGGAUCUUCGUAGGAAACAAAAUUCACUCGGCGGUGCGAUCUACGCGUUUACGGCGAUCACUUCGAUCCGAGUGAUUAUCAGAUAAUCAGUUUAUCACCGUAUUCUUCGUGAGAUAUUUCUCGAUGGUUACCUAAUUCAGCUGAAAAAUGCAAUUUUUUCUACUGUAGGAAGUUCGGAACGAAGAUCUGAAUAAGACUAAAUGAAAUGAAAUGAAAGAUCACUCAAGGUUAACCUUCUUAACUCAAAUUCUUUUUGUAUUGCAUUUGCAUUGCUCAGUGCUCAUUUUCAAUUUUUUUUAAAUUAAAAAUUUAAAAAAAAUGAAAAUUAUUGAGCCUUAACUGCCUUGAGGUUUAUAUUUAUUUAUAUGCUGCUGCUGCUGCUGCUUCUGUUGUGCAAAAAAGGAAGGAACGACCCAACCAGAGGGCGAGAAACAAACCCCUCUAGGCUAAAAGGCUAAUUCCAUCCUGAUCCAGUUUACUAUUUACUUUUGUUGUGUCGUUGGAAUUGGAAAACACAUGAGUAAAGCGUAAAGCUAGGUAAAGCUGAUAAAGAUAUGAAAUGACUGAAUUGAAUUUAUUCAUUGAAUAGUAUAGAACAGAAAUCAGUAAUCCAUUUAGCAGUAAUUUGCUGAAUUAAUUAUAAUUUAACUACCUACAGUUAAUCUGAUCUGAGAAGAAUGAGUGAUGAUAAUGAAGAACAUGAAUCAGGUCCAUUAGACAUGGCUUCACUCAUGUCGGAAAUUCUAGGACUGCACGAACCGACACUACCGCCAAAGGAGAAAUAUCCCCUGUUUAUAGUUUCAAAAUUAAGGUACUUGCUCGAAAGGUUGGAGGCGGUUAGUAAACCUCCGGGUCACGAUGAAGAAGAAUGGACGGAGAUGUGCAGGUUCGACAAGUGGCAAAAAAUAACGUCUAGCAAUUCAUACCAUCCCUGGGUAAAGGAGUUCCUUCAGUCUACCGAAAAAACAAAGCACGAGGAUGUUUUCCCUAUCGUGGAGGCGUUGUACGAUAUUUGUUUCAAUAUCAACGACGAGUUUUUCUUCAAACCAUCUGUUAAUCUUGAACCGUUGAAGCAGGAAAAAUUCAGAAAAGUACUCGAGUGUUUGGAUGAAUUGGAUUUAGAAAUGACACGUACGCCUGAAAGUAUAUUGGAAAUGCUCGAUGAAUAUGAAUCAUCCUCAGCUCCAGCAACUGAGACAGAUUCACCGUAAAAUGGCGUACGUCCCUAGACAGUAAAUUUGAUACUUAUCGUUGAUAUUAUGUAAUUAAGUACAAAUCGAUAACGUAAUAAUUAUUGCAAUUUUCACUUGUCUCUCGAUCUCUUAGAUAUUUUCAUACGAUAUCGCUGUUCAUUUAUAAACCUAAGUACUCUAUAAGGAAUUUCGUUUUUUAUAUUACUUUUUCUUAAGUUUAUAAUUCGUAUUUACGAAAUAAAUGAAAAAAAUCUCCCACGUGAAAAA